UUUUAAUAAGAAAUAUAAGUUUAUCAGUCGAUUUUUUACAUUAAAUGAAAUGUACUUCAAGUUAUCACUAAUUCCAUUCUUGAUGAAUUAAUGCGUAAACAUAGUGCACCAAUGGUCAAAGCCGGAGCAAAUAAAUGUCAGAGUGCUGGAGAACACUGACAACAGAUAGUGAUAUCGGAAAAAAACAAGAACAUACAAGGCGCAGGGCACGUUAAGCGAACAGUCUUUAAAAAGCAGCUUUGAACGGUAGUCGUUGUGUUCGGUUGGGCUGUUCCAGUGAGUCAUCAAUUUGAUUAAGAAUUCAUCAUGGCUCCACCGACUGUUCUGGUAACUGGAGGAGCUGGUUAUAUCGGCUCCCAUACCGUUUUGGAGAUGCUCAAUGCUGGCUACAAUGUUGUUUGUGUUGAUAAUCUAUGCAAUGCCUACAGUUCCGGCACAGCCAAAUUGCCCGAAGCCUUGAACCGUGUGCAAGAGAUCACCGGUAAAAAAGUACACUUCUAUCGAGUCGAUAUCACCGACCGUGAACAAGUUCGCGCUGUAUUUCAAGAGCAUAAAAUUGAUAUGGUUGCACAUUUUGCUGCUCUCAAGGCUGUUGGAGAAUCAUGUCGCAUUCCAUUGCAAUACUAUCACAACAAUAUGACGGGGACAAAUGUUUUGCUUGAAGCUAUGGCUGAUAACAACGUCUUCAAAUUCGUCUAUAGUUCCAGUGCUACAGUAUACGGCGAACCACAAUUUCUGCCCGUCACUGAACAACAUCCCGUAGGCAACUGCACUAGCCCAUAUGGUAAAACCAAAUAUUUUACAGAGGAAAUUUUAAAAGAUUUGUGUAAAUCUGAUAAGCGUUGGGCUGUUGUUUCUUUGCGGUAUUUCAAUCCUGUUGGAGCUCAUCCCAGUGGUCGUAUUGGGGAAGAUCCUAAUGGUGAACCAAAUAAUUUGAUGCCAUACAUUGCACAAGUAGCUGUGGGCAGACGUGAUUGCCUGCAAGUAUACGGUUCAGAUUUUCCUACCAAAGAUGGCACCGGUGUACGUGACUACAUACACAUAGUCGAUUUGGCCGAGGGUCAUGUUAAAGCUUUAGAUAAAUUACGCAAUAUAGCGGAGACUGGAUUCUUUGCCUUCAAUUUGGGUACAGGUGUGGGUUAUUCCGUUUUGGAUAUGGUGAAUGCCUUCCAAAAAGCUUCGGGCCGUGAAAUAAAAUACAAACUAGUUGAUCGGCGUUCCGGUGAUGUGGCCACUUGUUUUGCCGAUGCAGCUCUGGCUGAAAAGGCUUUGGGCUGGAAGGCCACUCGUGGUGUUGAUGAAAUGUGUGUCGAUACUUGGCGCUGGCAAAGCAAUAAUCCCAAUGGCUAUGCUGUCAAAUGAUCCUCUAUUGCCAACUAUCCGCGCAAUCCCAACAACAUACUGCACUAUAUAUUAAAUGCUACUAAGCUAUUGUUAACGAAACAUUCUUUGAAAUAUGUAUUGAUUUUAUUGUUUGAGUGUUGACUUGUUUUCCAUUCUCUGUGUGUCUCUUGCUUGUGUUGUGUUGUGUGCUUCUUGCCAAUUACAAAAGCAAACAUUGUGCAAAUGAUGAAAUGAGGAAUAUCUACAAAUAUAUCCCAAUCAUCCUUUUA